CAAGAGCUCAAACGGAACAGUGGACAAUCAUGUUUCACAUGAAAAUAUGAUACUGUAAUGUCGGCAAUCAAAAUUAAGCAUGUUGAACGCUAAACUCCUGUUGCUGAUCAUCACUCUAAACAUCCAAGCUCGGAUAUCAACAUGCGAUGUUCAUAUGUUCGUAAGUCCAGCUGGAUCAGACAAGAAUGAUGGGCUCUCAGACAGAAUACCAUUGAAAUCUAUACAUCAAGCUUUGACAAAUGCAAAACAGACAAAGUACAAAAAUGAGACACUUUACAUAGAGUUGAUGCCCGGUUAUCAUGAUCUCCAAAAGACAUUGGUUAUUUCACGAAGUAACACGAUAUUACGGUCAUACAAACAGCUGGAAGUGCAUGUGACCGGUGGUCGACAAAUUCCUGUUACCAGCAUCAAGCAUGUGACUGACAAAGCCAUACUUUCACGAUUGCCAGCAAGUGCUCGUCAGCAUGUACGUGUGGUUAAUUUACGCGAUCUGAACAUCACGAACUUUGGAAAGAUGGACAAAUACGGUUCUAAUGCGAGACGAAGUUCACCAUUUGAGGUCUUCUUUAAUGGACAACCUCUUCACCUUGCAAGAUGGCCAAACGAUGGAUACUUGGAUAUAGUUGAACUUCCGGAUGGAAAGAGUGGCAUGCGUUUCCGCUACAAUUCUACAGUUCCGCACUCAUGGCAAAAUGAAAGUGAUCCAUGGACGUACGGAUACUGGUAUGCCGGCUGGACUGACGGUGCCGUAAAAGUAAAGUCUAUGAAUGUCAACACAAAGAUAAUCACACUAGCAGAAAAACCACCCCAUGGCUUUAGGUCCCUUGGUCACUGGCAGGCUUAUCAAGAAGGCAAGUCAUUACAGGAUGGCGGUUACUUCCGGUUUAUCAAUAUUCUGUCAGAACUUGACCAGCCGGGAGAAUAUUAUUUGGACAGAGACAGCGCAAAGUUGUAUAUGUGGGUACCAAAUCAUGAUGGCAGUGUCAAAUCAUCGGAUAGGAUCUACAUUUCAAUGAUUAACGACUGCAUUGAUAUCUAUCAUUCGGCCACGAAUGUCCAUUUGGAAGACUUUACCAUUGAGGCCUGCCGGAGAGCUGCCGUAUUUGCUCGUGGUGUUCAAAAAGUAAAAUUGUAUAAAAUGGAAAUUCGAAAUACCGGUCACAUAGCUUUAAGGUUUGCUUGGAAUUCGAUGAAAUGUGAGAUUCUGCAAUGUUACAUACAUGAUACCUGCGGAGGAAUUAAUAUGAAUGGUGGCAAUAGACACGAUCUGGAAUCAUCGGGUAAUAUUAUCGAAAAUAAUGAAAUAGUUCGAACGGCUCGUGUAGGCACAGCAGGGAACGAUGCUAUAAUAAUUAGUGGGGAUGGACACAUCGUUAGAAACAACCAUAUCUACGACAGUCAGGCUGGGGCUAUCAAUUUUGCAGGCAAUGACUUUAUUUUUGAAUACAACUUGAUACAUGACGUAUGUAAAAGCUUAACCAGCUGCAAUGCCAUUCGUACAGGCUACGACUGGACAUAUCGUGGCAACAUUAUCCGGUACAACACAAUACACCAUUCACUAAGACAAGCCCCUGGGGGAAGUAAUAAAGCGAUAUAUAUUGAUGCCCAAGGAUCCGGAACAAGUAUCAUGUAUAACAUAUUCUAUGAUAACGAUGUCCAUGUUCACAUAGGAGGAGGUCGUUACAACGAAAUAAUUAACAAUGUCAUGUAUAAUGCCACAUAUAGCAGCAUUGGCGUAGACAGCCGUGGGACAAAUCAUCGAGGUGAUAGCGGACUUUAUAACCAUUUGCAUGUACGGAUGAGUUUUAUUACAGGCGAUUGGACUUUGUUCGGUCCUAUUUUGUUGUUGAAAUGA